AUGCCAACAGGUGAGAAAGUUUUCAACAGAAGGGAGUGGUCAACAGUGUCGAAGGCAAAGGACCGGUCAAAGAGAAGGAAGACAGAGUAUUCUUUCUUUGGUUUUGAUGUUAGUAGGUCAGUGCUGACUUUGGAAUCAACUGUUCACGAUGAUUCUGAAGACGUUUUUAUUACCAUCAGUAGUGGUCAAAAUUCUGAUAUUAUUAUUUCAAGCAACUACGAUAUCAUCGAUUGUAUUGUUGAAGAAGACGACAGUAUAUUGCCAUUUUCUGAUACUGAUAUUGUGGAUGUUGCAGAAGAUCCCACCGGGCGGGUGAAUUUACAUGACUCUUCUACUGUUUUUGAUAAAGAGUUGGAUGAAUUAUUAGGUGAAAUGAACCGAAUGUACAGUUCUGCAACACCAAGCCUAGUGUCUUUUACUAGUAAUCCUUUAAAAUCAGAAAAUUUAAAAUAUAUAGUCUUCCAAGACACUGAAGAUGAAAAUCGAAUUGGUCAUUAUGAUUGGUGUCAAUGUCAAAACUGCAUUCCAAUGCCGACCAAUAUCGAGUCAGUCUGUUGUAAGGAAAUUUCCAAUGCAGAUGCGUUUUUGGAAGAGUUAAAUUGCAUUACAGAGCACGAAUUAUUUGUCAUUUAUUGUAAAAGAGUAGAGACAGUCAAUAUCAAUUUUCGAUCUUGGGGAAUUGUACAACAGGAACCGUCGGUAAAGGAUUUGAACAGAUUGCUACGAAAAACUGCCUAUAGAUCCUUUACGGCAUGGAUUCAUGGAUACCUAGGGCCAUGUAAUCGACGACCCAUCCCGGCAUGUGCAGUGAACAGUGUUCGAAUUUCAUUUCCUGAUCCUGAGUCUAUAUAUUUAGGAUAUAAAAAUACUCGAGAAAGGGCUGCAGAAUUUCUAGCUUUUGAAUAA